AGAGACUGAGCGCGGCCGCCGCCGGGCGGGCCCCGCCGCCCCGACCAUCGCGGGGAGGGCGGCGUGCGAGGCUGGCACAGCCCCGCUACACCCGCACACCGCGGGGGCUGCUCCCGACCGCGCCAUGAAGGGAGAUGCUGGCGGAGGUUUCGUGAUUAUAGAUAAGAGAAGUUAACUUCAGGAUGCUAAAAAGGAAACAGAGUUCAAGGGUGGAAGCCCAGCCAGUUACAGAUUUUGGUCCCGAUGAAUCUUUGUCAGACAAUGCAGAUAUUCUAUGGAUUAACAAACCAUGGGUGCACUCUUUACUACGAAUUUGUGCCAUCAUCAGUGUUAUUUCUGUGUGUAUGAACACUCCAAAAACCUUCGAGCAUUAUCCGCCUCUCCAGUAUGUGACAUUUGCUCUUGAUACUCUGUUGAUGUUUCUUUACACUGCAGAGAUGAUAGCGAAAAUGCAUAUCCGUGGGAUAGUUAAGGGUGAUAGCUCCUAUGUAAAGGAUCGUUGGUGUGUGUUUGAUGGAUUCAUGGUCUUUUGUCUUUGGGUAUCACUGGUUUUACAGGUGUUUGAAAUAGCUGAAAUAGUUGACCAAAUGUCGCCUUGGGGCAUGUUACGGAUUCCACGACCACUCAUUAUGAUACGAGCAUUCCGAAUAUAUUUUCGUUUUGAGCUGCCAAGAACUAGGAUAACAAAUAUCUUGAAGCGUUCUGGAGAGCAAAUAUGGAGCGUUUCAAUUUUCCUUCUGUUCUUUCUUCUCCUGUAUGGGAUCCUGGGAGUGCAGAUGUUUGGAACUUUUACAUACCAUUGUGUGACUGAUGACACGCAGCCAGGAAAUGUAACCUGGAAUAAUUUAGCUAUCCCAGACACCCACUGUUCCAGAGAGCUAGAAGAAGGUUACCAGUGCCCGCCUGGAUUUAAAUGCAUGGACCUUGAAGAUCUGGGACUAAGCAGGCAAGAGCUGGGCUACAGUGGCUUUAAUGAGAUAGGCACAAGCAUAUUUACAGUUUAUGAAGCUGCUUCUCAGGAAGGCUGGGUAUUCCUUAUGUACCGAGCAAUUGACAGUUUUCCCCGAUGGCGUUCAUAUUUCUAUUUCAUCACCUUAAUUUUUUUUCUGGCCUGGCUUGUUAAGAAUGUUUUUAUUGCAGUCAUCAUUGAAACAUUUGCAGAAAUCAGAGUGCAGUUCCAGCAGAUGUGGGGAUCCAGGAGCAGUACUACUUCAACUGCCACCACACAGAUGUUUCAUGAAGAUGCUGCUGGAGGUUGGCAGCUUGUAGCUGUUGAUGUGAAUAAACCCCAAGGCAGAGCUCCUGCAUGUCUACAGAAAAUGAUGAGGUCAUCCGUGUUUCAUAUGUUCAUAUUAAGCAUGGUUGCUGUGGAUGUGAUUGUUGCUGCUAGCAACUACUAUAAAGGAGAAAAUUUCAAGAGACAAUAUGAUGAAUUUUACCUUGCUGAGGUUGCUUUUACAGUUCUGUUUGAUUUAGAAGCUCUUCUGAAGAUCUGGUGUUUGGGUUUCACAGGAUACAUCAGUUCAUCUCUUCACAAGUUUGAGUUGCUGCUUGUAAUUGGAACCACUCUCCAUAUUUAUCCAGACCUCUAUCACUCUCAAUUUACGUAUUUUCAGGUUCUUAGAGUAGUUCGGCUCAUAAAGAUUUCUCCUGCUUUGGAGGAUUUUGUGUAUAAGAUAUUUGGACCAGGAAAAAAACUUGGGAGUUUGGUAGUAUUUACUGCCAGCCUUUUGAUCGUAAUGUCAGCAAUCAGUUUACAGAUGUUUUGCUUUGUGGAAGAACUGGAUAGAUUUACAACCUUUCCAAGGGCAUUUAUGUCAAUGUUUCAGAUUCUUACACAGGAAGGAUGGGUGGAUGUCAUGGAUCAGACACUGAAUGCUGUAGGACAUAUGUGGGCACCAGUAGUUGCUAUUUAUUUUAUACUAUAUCAUCUUUUUGCUACUCUGAUUCUACUCAGCUUGUUUGUUGCUGUUAUUUUGGACAACUUGGAACUUGACGAAGAUCUAAAGAAACUUAAACAACUAAAGCAAAGUGAAGCUAAUGCAGAUACAAAGGAGAAGCUUCCCUUGCGUCUACGCAUCUUUGAAAAAUUUCCAAACAGGCCACAAAUGGUUAAAAUCUCAAAGCUUCCUUCAGAUUUCACAGUUCCAAAAAUAAGGGAAAGUUUUAUGAAGCAAUUUAUUGAUCGCCAGCAACAAGAUACCAGCUGUUUGCUGCGAAGACUUCCUUCAGCAUCUUCUUCCUCAUGUGACCACUCUAAAAGAUCAGCAAUUGAAGAAAACAGAUAUAUUGAUCAAAAGGGUAAUCAGAGUACAUUUCUACCAUGUAAUGAAGAGAUGAACAAAGACCUUAAAGUUGUCUCAGCCACACAGCUCCGUAAAUCUGUUUUCAGCAUCAGAGCAAGAAACCUUCUGGAAAAAGAGGCAGCAAUCAAUAAAAUUCUAAGGGCCUGCACUAGACAACGCAUGCUGAGCGGAUCAUUUGAGGGGCAGCCAGCAAAGGAAAGGUCAAUACUUAGUGUCCAGCAUCAUAUACGACAAGAACGCAGGUCACUGAGACAUGGUUCGAACAGCCAGCGAAUCAGCAGAGGAAAAUCUCUUGAAACAUUGACUCAAGAUCACUCCAACACAGUGAGAUACAGAAAUGCACAGAGAGAAGACAGUGAGAUAAAGAUGAUCCAAGAAAAAAAGGAACAAGCUGAAAUGAAAAGGAAAGUCCAGGAGGAGGAGCUGCGAGAGAACCACCCGUAUUUCGAUAAACCCCUUUUCAUAGUUGGCCGUGAGCACAGGUUCAGGAACUUCUGCCGAGUGGUGGUACGGGCUCGCUUUAAUGCCUCUAAAACAGAUCCUGUUACUGGAGCUGUGAAAAAUACCAAAUAUCAUCAGCUUUAUGACUUGCUGGGUUUGGUUACUUACCUGGACUGGGUCAUGAUCAUUGUUACGAUAUGCUCCUGCAUUUCCAUGAUGUUUGAAUCCCCUUUUAGAAGAGUUAUGCAUGCUCCAACACUCCAGAUUGCUGAAUAUGUUUUUGUAAUAUUCAUGAGCAUUGAGCUUAAUCUGAAGAUUAUGGCAGAUGGCUUGUUCUUUACACCAACAGCUGUCAUUAGGGACUUUGGAGGAGUUAUGGACAUAUUUAUAUAUCUUGUGAGUUUGAUAUUCCUGUGCUGGAUGCCUCAGAACGUCCCUGCCAAAUCCGGAGCUCAGCUCUUAAUGGUGCUCCGCUGCCUCCGACCUCUUCGAAUUUUCAAACUGGUCCCACAGAUGAGGAAAGUGGUGCGAGAGCUGUUUAGUGGCUUUAAGGAAAUUUUUUUGGUUUCUAUUCUUUUGCUGACGUUAAUGCUUGUUUUCGCAAGCUUUGGAGUGCAGCUGUUUGCUGGAAAACUGGCUAAAUGUAAUGACCCUCACAUCAUCUCUAGGGAAGAUUGUCAUGGCAUCUUCAGAAUAAAUGUAAGUGUUUCCAAAAAUCUCAAUUUAAAGUUAAGACCUGGAGAGAAGAAGCCUGGAUUCUGGGUGCCACGAGUCUGGGCAAAUCCUCGGAAUUUUAAUUUUGACAAUGUGGGCAAUGCAAUGCUGGCACUAUUUGAAGUCCUGUCACUAAAAGGCUGGGUGGAAGUCAGAGAUGUUAUUAUUCAUCGUGUUGGGCCGAUCCAUGGAAUCUACAUCCAUGUUUUUGUAUUCCUUGGCUGCAUGAUUGGACUGACCCUUUUUGUUGGAGUUGUCAUCGCUAAUUUUAAUGAAAACAAGGGGACAGCUUUACUCACUGUAGAUCAGAGACGAUGGGAAGAUCUGAAAAGCAGACUGAAGAUAGCACAACCUCUUCAUCUCCCACCUCGUCCGGAUAAUGAUGGCUUUAGAGCGAAGAUGUAUGACAUAACUCAGCAUCCAUUUUUUAAGAGAACUAUUGCUGUACUUGUUCUGGCCCAGUCUGUGUUGUUAUCAGUUAAGUGGGAUGCUGCAGAUCCAGUGACUGUGCCUUUAGCAACAAUGUCUGUUGUUUUCACCUUCAUUUUUGUCCUUGAGGUCACAAUGAAGAUUAUUGCCAUGUCACCUUCUGGCUUCUGGCAAAGCAGAAGAAACCGGUAUGAUCUCUUGGUGACAUCUCUUGGAGUUAUAUGGGUCAUACUUCACUUUGCCUUACUGAAUGCAUACACAUAUAUGAUGGGGGCAUGUGUAAUUGUCUUCAGGUUUUUCUCCAUUUGUGGGAAGCAUGUAACACUAAAAAUGCUUCUCCUGACUGUGGUUGUCAGCAUGUACAAGAGUUUCUUCAUCAUAGUGGGCAUGUUCUUACUGCUUCUUUGUUAUGCUUUUGCCGGAGUGGUGUUAUUUGGUACAGUGAAAUACGGAGAGAACAUUAACAGACAUGCAAAUUUUUCAUCAGCUGGCAAGGCUAUUACUGUACUCUUCAGAAUAGUUACUGGAGAAGACUGGAACAAAAUUAUGCAUGACUGCAUGGUUCAGCCUCCGUUUUGUACACCAGAUAACAGCACCUACUGGAAAACAGACUGUGGAAAUUAUGCUGGUGCUCUUAUGUAUUUCUGUUCUUUCUAUGUCAUCAUUGCAUACAUCAUGCUAAAUUUGCUUGUUGCUAUCAUUGUGGAGAAUUUCUCAUUGUUUUACUCAACUGAAGAAGAUCAGCUUUUAAGUUAUAAUGAUCUAAGGCAUUUUCAAAUUAUAUGGAACAUGGUUGAUGACAAAAGAGAGGGUGUAAUCCCUACCUUCCGAGUGAAAUUCCUGCUGAGGCUCCUGCGAGGCAGGCUGGAGGUGGAUCUCGACAAGGACAAGCUGCUGUUCAAGCACAUGUGCUAUGAAAUGGAGCGGCUCCACAAUGGUGGUGAUGUCACUUUUCAUGACGUGCUCAGCAUGCUUUCAUAUAGGUCUGUUGAUAUCAGAAAAAGUCUUCAACUAGAAGAGCUGCUUGCUAGGGAACAACUGGAAUAUACCAUAGAAGAGGAGGUGGCCAAACAGACCAUACGAAUGUGGCUGAAAAAGUGCUUAAAGCGAAUCAGAGCAAAGCAGCAGCAGUCGUGCAGCAUUAUCCACAGCCUACGAGAGAGCCAACAGCAGGAGUUGAGCCGAUUUCUGAAUCCUCCCAGCAUUGAGACAACACAGCCAAGUGAAGAUAUGAAUGCCAUUAAUCAAGAUAACAGUGCGCAGCCAGAGACAAGUAGCCAGCAGCAGCUCCUUAGCCCGACACUUUCUGACAGAGGUGGCUACAGACAAGACACUGGAGAUGCUGGAAAACCUCAGCGGAAGUUUGGACAAUGGCGCUUGCCGUCAGACAUUUACUCAGGUCCUUUUACAUCAGUUAGUCUGAUUCUGAAUCAGAGUGCUGCCCCCAAAGACUGCCGCUGUUCAGACCCUCAUCGUAUCCAAGGGGAAGCAGUCAUGCUGUUCUGUUGACUACCAGUGACACUACUUUUGUUGCCAGUGUCCAAGACACAGGUUAGUUUAAUAGAAAGCUUUUAAUCCAUGAUUUCCAUUUAAAUAUCACUGAGCAACAAAGAUCAACAUUUGUUUGAAAAACAGAGAGAAAGAGGAAGCAUGAUAAGGAGGAAUCAUAUUGUAGUCAACUGCAUAGGUUUUUCAAGUGAGAAAUCUUGAAAGAAUGACUAGCCCAAGGUUUCCUUUCUUAGCACUCAUCUGAUCUGUUUUGAACAUUCCUCAGUGGAUGGUCCUAAAAUGGAGAGUUAUUUCCAUGCACAGUACAGCUAACAGAUAAGUAGUCUGCCUCCAGACCAGCAAAGACAGGUAUUUAAGAUCACAAGUAGCAUAAUUAAGAUCAAUUAUGUGGGGUUUGUAAGUUAGACAUGUGAUUUAUGCCAUACCAGCAACUUGUACCUCUAGGCUUCAACCCCUAGGCCACUGUAAAGUAUCACUUUCUAGGUGUAGCUGCCACUCCUAAAAGCACCUCCUCACCCUCACAUUUACUACUUUCACCAUUUUGCCAUCAGGUUAGCUUAUGUAAGUACUGCCCAAAUCAUUUAGGUGGCAAUUAGCUGGAUAAGAAGAGAUUCUUGCAUCAGUUAUCCCAGCAAAGGAAAUGAGGCACUGCUCAGUUAAACUGCUCUACCAGCAGAUUAUGGGAGCAGUGUGAACAUCUGGAGCUGGGAAAACAAACAAAAAAUACCAAAACAAAUUAGAACAGAUCACUACUCUUUCUGAGCUAAAUCAGUUUAAAGGUGUCCUAGUCUAGCUGGUUCUCUAUACCUAAAUUCUAAGCAAAAAUGUUCAAGAAGCAGAUCUACUCUAAUACAGAACU